CCGACUACCUUUUUUUUUUUCCUCUUCUUGUUUUCUCGAUUUUCCCCUGCUUACCCGACACCUUCUCUAAACCGGCUUUGCACACUCUCUCACUCGUCAUCCCCGGCUUCCUUAGUUCAUCCGACCACCUGGCCCCUUCUGCACCUGCGCCACCUUUGUCUUCGACUUUGACCACUGUCUAACCGAUUUCCCUCCUACCUCCACACGACUCUGGCCUCUGCCCUGGUAGCUGAGCCGCCGGACUUUGCUCAACACCAUGGGUCAAACUCUCUCUGAACCCGUUGUCGAGAAGACAUCGGAGAGUGGCGAAGAUGACAGGCUCAUCUAUGGCGUCUCCGCCAUGCAAGGUUGGCGGAUAAGCAUGGAGGAUGCCCAUACCACCGUCCUCGACCUCCUUCCUCCCGGUAGCGAAGAAGCAAAGAACCAUCCAUCCAGGAUUUCCUUCUUCGGUGUUUUCGACGGUCACGGCGGCGACAAGGUGGCUUUAUUCGCAGGCGAGAACAUCCAUGAGAUCGUUGCGAAACAGGAUACCUUCAAAAAGGGCAACUACGAACAGGCGUUGAAGGACGGCUUUCUCGCGACCGAUCGCGCUAUUCUCAACGACCCCCGCUACGAAGAGGAGGUUUCCGGCUGUACUGCCUGCGUCGGAUUGAUUACGGGCGACAAGAUUUACAUAGCGAAUGCUGGCGAUUCGAGAAGUGUUCUCGGUAUCAAGGGCCGCGCGAAACCCCUGUCGCAAGAUCACAAGCCUCAACUCGAAGCCGAGAAGUCGCGUAUUAACGCCGCCGGGGGCUUUGUCGACUUUGGUCGCGUCAACGGAAACUUGGCCCUGUCUCGCGCCAUUGGCGAUUUCGAAUUCAAGAAGAGCGCAGAGCUCUCCCCCGAGGCACAAAUUGUCACCGCUUUCCCCGAUGUCGAGGUUCAUGAAAUCACCGACGACGAUGAAUUCCUCGUCCUCGCGUGCGACGGCAUCUGGGACUGCCAGAGCUCUCAAGCCGUCGUCGAGUUUGUUCGCCGUGGCAUUGCGGCCAAGCAAGAUCUGGAAAAGAUCUGCGAGAACAUGAUGGACAACUGCCUCGCUUCCAACUCGGAGACCGGAGGUGUCGGCUGCGACAACAUGACCAUGAUAGUGAUUGGCUUUUUGCGCGGUAGAACCAAGGAGGAGUGGUACGAGGAGAUCGCCAGGCGGGUUGCUGCUGGAGAUGGACCAUGCGCUCCUCCCGAAUACGCGGAAUUCCGAGGGCCUGGUGUCCAUCAUAACUUUGAUGAUCGCGAGGAUGACUAUGAAGCAAACCUUGACCUAAAAGGCGGCAGGAGCUUCGGCAUUUCCGGCUACAAAGGCCGCAUUAUAUUCCUUGGCGACGGCACCGAGGUCCAAACCGACUCGGAUGACACUGAAAUGUUCGACAAUGCGGAUGAAGACAAGGAUCUAGAAAGUCAAGUCUCUAAGAGUCCAUCCUCGGCAGCCGCGGGCACAACCGCCGAAGCUGAAUCGAAACAUGUGGAGGAAGCGUCGACGGAGGAGCAGGCUGGUAGCAACGCCAAACCUGACGAGGAGGCCAAGCCCGCGGCUUCUCCGUCCCAAUUUCAGUCCGAAUCAAAACUAGACGGAAAGAAGGAGGAAGCGAAGUCGGCCUAAACUCACGCGUCUUUGUCUGCCAAUGAAGAGACACUAUGAGGAAUGGCGGAGAGACAGCGGCAGUUGGCAUAGCAAUUCUUGCUCAACGAGGAACGACGGACAUGGACACGAUUUGACGAUGGGAAUUUCGGGCUGGCAGGACAGCCUACAAGGGUACAGGGAUCUGGGAUGGACGGGAGGGCUGACCC